CUUUGUUUUUUGUAAUCUCUAUCAACUUUCUCAAUUUUACACAUACUUUUGAAAUACAAAACCUGCCUAGGAAACAUGCUCUGCUGCUGUGUAAACUCAGAGAGCAACAAGAAGUAUGCUGAGCUAGACGCGAAGCUGGAAAGGAAAAUGGUAGAGAGCAGGAAAUAUUAUCCGGGACACCAGAGUUUAAAGUCAAUGGAUUCAGUCAUCAUGAUGUUUCCUAAGCUGAGAGAGGAAUUAAGAAACAUCAGAAACGUUUUUGAGUCCUAUGAUCAAGAUGGAAACGGGACAAUAGAUAUGGAGGAGCUGAAGAAAUGCUUAGAGGAACUGAAGCUAAUGAGUUUGUCGGAGGAAGAAGUGAAAGGUUUAUAUGGAUGGUGUGAUGUUGAUGGAAGCAAAGGGAUACAGUUCAAUGAGUUUAUUGUCCUUCUUUGUCUCAUUUAUCUUCUAGCUAAACCUUCCUCCGAAUCAACAACGGAGGAAUCGAGAGAAAUGGGUCCGAAGUUGGUUGAAUCUAUAUUUGAUCCGAUAGUGGAAGUAUUCUUGUUUUUGGACAAAGAUGGUAAAGGGAAGUUGAACAAGGCUGAUGUGAUAAAGACAUUGAAUAAUGAAGACUAUCCUCUAGAGAGAUCUCCUAAGCAUGUUACAAACAUGAGAUUUGAAGAAAUGGAUUGGGGAAGAAAAGGGAAAGUGGGUUUUAGGGAGUUUCUAUUUGCUUUCAUGAGUUGGGUGGGUCUUGAUGACGCAGAUGGUUAUAUGUGCGGCUAAUUAAGAAACAACACUUAAGCACCCCCAAGAGUUUCAAAUAUUUAUAUAUUUACCGCUGGUAAUCCUAUUUUAUUAUGUACUAAUAUAUUAUUAUUAGAUGAUUCUGUAAGCUUGUUUAACUCAUUAUUUAUUUUUAUUUGAUAAGGGACAUUUGCCAAAAUUAUAGCUGUGUACAUUCGCA